UACGAUCUAUUCAAACCAUCAUCACAAUCAUCAUCAAGCAAACAUAACAAGCAAACAUCAAACCACCCAAUACCCUCUCAAUAACACACAAUCCCCUUUUCACCACACCCUCAGUCAAAAUGCGAGCCCAAGACCACGCCCUCAUCGGAACCGCCAAGGAGAUCCCCAUUAACUCCGCAACCCCAGUCUACACCUUCAGCCCGAUCGUGCUCCCCUUCCCAGACCGUCUUAAGAACCUCGAAGUAAAAGUAACCUUCCCCUCAACCGGCACCGCCCUGCCCAUCGUCAUCAUCUCGCACGGCCAAGGCCAAAGCAACCACCUCAACUCCCUCGAGGGCUACACGCCCCUAGCCGAGUUCUGGGCAGCGCACGGCUUCAUCGUGGUCCAGCCCUCGCAUCUAUCCGGCAAGUACUACAGCCUCGACGCGCCUAAGGGCCAGGAAUACCACUGGCAAGACCGGUCUCAGGACAUCAUCCGCGUCCUCGACAGCCUCGACGCCAUCGAGGCUGCUGUCCCGGCCCUCGCAGGGCGUCUGGAUAAGAAGCAGAUCGCUAUCGCGGGACACUCUCUUGGCGCGUGGACGGCAGCCAUAGCGCUUGGCGCGAAGAACAUAUCCCCGUUCGAUGGCGUAGUUACUAGUCUCGGCGAUUCGCGCAUCAAGGCCGGUGUCGUGCUCACCGGCACCGGGAAAGCCGGUGACAACCUCUCGGAGAUGGGCCGUCGUAUGGUACCGUUCUACGGCCCGGACUACGACGAGAUGCACACGCCGGCGUUGAUUGUCUGCGGCGACGAGGACGUGAGUCCGCAUUUCACGCCGCGCGGUGCGGAUUGGCAUGCGGAUCCGUAUUUCCUGUCCCCUGGCCCGAAGGACCUGCUUUGGAUUAAGGGGGCGAAGCAUGGGCUUGGAGGCGUCAGUGGCUGGGAUGCAAAGGAGACCGAGGAUGAGGGUCCCCAGAGGUUGGCUGCGGUGCAGAGGUUGACGACGGCGUAUUUGAGGAGCGCGCUGUAUCCUGGGGAUGGGGCUUGGGAGGAGGCUGUUAAGGCGCUGGCGCUGCAUGCGGAGCUUGGGUCGGUUGAGAGUAAGAAAUGAAUGGUUUGGGUUUAGGGGGUGAGGUUGGUGAUUGAUAUGUACUCUCCUCUCGUUCGGUACUAGCUACCUAACUUAUAUACUAUAUGUAACUUGUCGUUUUUGUAUAAUCAUUAUUCGUCUAAAACUAAGUUCCCCUACGUGAUAA